CUAGUUUAAAAUGGAAUUUUAGAUAUUUUUCAAUUUUUAGCGAUCAGGGAUAAACACUGAUUUUAGAGACGAAUAUCUCUCUGCAUUACUAUGGCAAGUGAUUCUUCGGUAGAUGGGCAGUUGAUCUGGUAUAUAUUGGAAGAUAUUACCCGGUAUUUAGGGGACUAUCGAAAUAUUUUAGCUGUUAUAGGCACUGUGUAUAUCUUGAAAAAGGCAGCUGGAUUGGUGUUUGAUUUAUUCAAAGCAUUUCAAACCUAUUUUGUGUCAAGGCUGCUCAUUGGGUCUAACCUCAGAAAAAUAUGUGGAGGGAAAUGGGCAGUUAUCACAGGUGCAUCUGAUGGUAUUGGAAAAGCAUUUGCCAUUGAGCUUGCAAAGCAUAAGUACAAUAUUGUUCUGUUAAGUCGUUCAUUAUCAAAACUCAAAACUGUAGCUCAGGAAAUAGAAAGCAAAUACGAUGUUCAAACCAAAGUUAUUUCUGUGGAUUUCAGUGAACAGCGUAUAUAUGAAGAUAUUAAAACACAGAUUGAUGGACUUGACAUAGGAAUUCUUGUUAACAAUGUUGGCACUCAUUACGGAAUUCCUGGAUUUUUUCUGGACCUUUCUGAGAAGAAAUUGCGUGAUUUGGUCAGCAUCAACAUGCUAAGUUUAACAAUGAUGACCUACGUGAUUCUUCCAGGAAUGUGUGAAAGAAAAAGAGGUGCAGUUAUCAACUUAUCUUCAAGUGCAGCACAGUUACCUAGUCCUCUUAUUACAGUCUAUGCUGCUACAAAGGCCUACGUAGAUUACUUCUCUCAAGGAUUAUCUAUUGAAUAUUCUCAAGACAAUAUUAUCGUCCAGUCUCUGAAACCUUACUACGUCUCAACUGCAAUGACAUAUAGUGUCUCUCCCAAUUUGUUUGUUCCAACGGCGGAGAAUUACGUGAAAAGUGCCAUAGCUACCUUGCCUUAUGCACGACGAUCAUGCGGGUAUUGGCCUCAUGGUUUUCAGGCAUGGUUAUUUGGUUUUUGUCCAGAGUGGCUGUGGUUAAGAGGUGCAUAUUACUGGAAUAUUCUCUUGAUAAGAUGGAUAAGAAGAAAUCGUAUCGAAUGACAUCACACUAACAUGAGAAUGACGUGGAAAUAAUGUCACGGUUGAAGAGUAACUUUUCUAGCAAAACUUUUUUAUUGAAUUGGGGAAGAUUUAUUACUAUGUUGAUUCCUGACAUCACGAUUUCUUGUGAAUACAUGGCAAUUUACAAAAGAUGAAACUGGACAGAGAAUUUGAGGCUAAAAAUAUGAUUAAAACUAAGGCAGUAAGCUUCAAAAAAGCUUUUGAUAAAAUUUACUUGCAUCAGGCGUCAAGAUA